AUGGGUCAGGGUUUGAGUAAAACUAAUGAAGGCGAGAAGAACUUACACGUUACUCUGAAGCAAUUCAAGAAGGAUAAAAUCUUAGAGUAUUUUAACAUUCAAAACCAUUUACAGUUUCGUCCUGUUGAAAUAAGAGCAAUUACAUCAAAACUAGGUGUAAAGAAUCUUAAAGAAAAGUCUGGUAUUACAAUAGAUGACUUAGCUUAUUUACUUCCAAUAAUAAGAGAUGAAGAUAUUGAAUGUCUAGACGAAAACAUUUGCUACGUUCUUAAUAUAUUAAGCAAUUCUUUUAAAGUCAUCGGAAACUUUCCAUUUCUUCAAAGUGAGGUACCACCUAAGCUAAGCAUUGAAAAUUUGAUGAAGUCUGCUUUAUUUCAUACGGGGAGAUAUAAGAAAUUAUUAAAUGCGGAUUAUGACUAUCUAAAAUUGGUCUUUAUAUCGUUGAGUGACAUUAACAAAGCUUAUCUCAAAGAAAAGUCUAGCUCUAGUAGUAAUAGUAGUAAUAACGAAGAAGAUUUAUCCUAUAAUCUAGAUGUUAAAGAUUUUUCGUCAGACGAUGACGAAAGCAUCUUAUCACGAAAAAUCAGCUGGAGCACCUUCAGUGUUAUACAAUCGUUUGAUGACAUUGAUUUGGAUUCCAUAUAUAUUGAAGGGUACGAUUUAAUGCAAUUGCUAACCUUUUUUUUAAUCCUUUCAUCUGUUCCUGAAAUGAAUCAUACGCGAAUGCAAGAACAUGUCUCAAAGAACAUUACUAGAUGGUCUGACUUUGAAAGUUACAGUUUGAGCAUAAUGAGAUAUAUAAGUUUGGAUAUUAACUUAAAAAAUAUUAAAACUACGAAGAUUUCAUAUGAAGAUUUUAAAAGAGGAAUUUCCAAUGGCUUACCAGCAUUUUUCACGAACUCGUGGACGAAAAUCUUUAAAAAUGGUUUCCUCUCUUCGGUGAAUACUGCUGUUGUACAGAAUUCUAAUCAGGCUUCAGAGCUUCGUGAAGAGGCGAUUGAUAAUGAAGCUCCCCAGGCUCAUAAGAUAACUCCUAAAUUUGUGGAAUCAAAGCUUAUUAAUGAUGCGUCCAUCUCAGUAAUUUCAAUGUGUUUGAAUAAUAUGAAGUCUAACGUAAGUAUCACGACACAAAAUUUAAUCAAAUUGUAUUCUGGAUCAGAAUCGGGUUUUUCUAUUAGGUCAUUGGAGCUGAAGAUUUUCAAAUGGCAAGCACCUACACUAUUAAUUGUUUCAGGCAAAAGGGUGAAAAGUAAAACUAUGAAACAUAAUAACAGAUAUAUUCAGUUUAAUGAAAUGUACCCACUGUAUUUCAGAUCUCUGGAAAAUCCAAAGAAAGAAUGGCAAGAUGAUAAUGAUAGGAUAACAUACGCUGUUAUUAUUAAUCUGCCUUGGAAAAAUUCCAAUAAACACAAUUUUGGUGAUGAAAAUACCAUGAUUUUUAACCUCCUGCCCAGAUUAGACUUUUAUAAAAGUGUCCAUAACCCAGUACUAGAUGGUAAGCUGGUAUAUUUCAAUAAUUUGGGCAUGGGGUUAGGUUUUGGGAAUAAUCAACCGAUAAAUAAGAAUACUAUAAAGAAGCUUUUACCCGGUGAUGUUUCCUUAACAAUUGAAUCGAAUUUGGAAUUUGCAAUUUUCAGGCAUAUCUCGUCACCCAAUUCCAAUGCUGCCUCUUACUUCCAGAAAUCGAAGCAAAAUGAAAUAUCAUUAGAAGAUUUCGAAGAUAGAUUCAUGAUUAGUGACUUGGAAGUUUGGGGCAUAGGCUCUACCAAAGAGUUGCAAGAACAAAGGAAACAAUGGGCGUGGGAGGAAAAGCAAGCUGAGGCGAGACAGAGUGUCAACUUACGAGGAUUAGGAGAAGAGCGGGCAUUCUUAGAGAUGGUUGGUCUUGUUGGAAACAACAAUUCUAAUGGUGGUUCCAUGUAA